UGGCAGUACCUAAUCGCAUGACUUUGAAUCUGUGAGAAAGCGAAAGCAUAUGCAACUGAUUUCUAGAUCAACACCGUGGCCAUUGGAGGCGCAACUUAAUAAUGUGGCAUCCUUGACAUGACGAAAUUCUUUUUUUCUCCCGCGCGACCAUGGACGAUCUCUCAGGACUUGAUUGGUCCUCGACCAAUUCGGGCAAAAACAACAAUAAGCCCGCCCCUAUGAACCCCAUGAACCCGCCGACAUUCUAUCCCUCUUUACGCCCGACUCCGUCUCCUCAACCUUCCGGUCGAUCUACACCGCUAUCCACCCAAGUCUCUGGCUUCAACGCCCCUAAGCCAAACCCCUCGAAACCGGCAGCCGACAGCUUCAGCGGUCUCGUGAGCUUUAGCGGCAACAAGAGUAACACUAAUCUAAGUCUCCGAGAACGUCAGGAGCAAUUAGAGGCACAGAAACGCCAGAAAGAGGCGGAGCAAAGACAAAAACUACAAUCGCAAUAUGGCGGUGGUCAAUUUUGGGAUAGUAUUGGGCAGGGCUCGACGCCGGCAUCUAGGACUAUCUCUCCAGCUAUUCCAUCAGCUGGAAGUGGGGUAGGAAAUCAGAAUGGAUAUAAGAAAAACGAUGAUGAUGAUCUAUUCGCUGCAUUCAAUCGAGAUACGAAGGUGGACAAUGCUAGCUAUUUCCCCCCACCGGAACAGCAACAGUCCAGGAAAAGUACGCCAGCGAAUACCGCUCAGCUUGACCUGACCAAUGCUAGUGCGUGGAAUAAGCCCGCAGCAUCAAAGGGGGGCGAGCUUGGCGAUGAUGAUGAUCCCUUUGGCUUGGGCCAAGUGGAAUCUCAACCGCAGCGGCAACAAACGCUUGAAGCGGACGAGGAUGAUGACUUACUAGGAGAUCUGGGUAAGCCGGUUGAUGAGGUACGACGGAAAACUCAGGCUGCUCAACCAAAACCAGAACCCGGCCGACCUAUUGAAGAGUCAGAUUCCGAUUCCGAGCCUGAAAUUGCCCCAAGAGGAGGUAGCUCAGAUCCAUUCGACAAAGCAGUAGCUGAAUUAGUUGAUAUGGGGUUCACAGCCGAGAACGCAAGACGAGGUUUAACAGAAAGCGGCGCAGGUCUAAAUGUUCAAGCUGCAGUUGGGUGGCUUUUGGACGACGCACAUAGGCAAGCUCGUAACAAGCAGGGUCCCUCUGAACCCGCCCCUGAGCGUGCUAGAAGAGACGAGAACCGCUCCAGGAAUCGUGGUAGUCCGGCUUGGAUGAAUGCAGAUCAAGCCGACGACGUUCCUUCUCGGAGAGAUAAUGACUCCCCCGCUUCUGGGGAUGACUUCUCGAAGAGGGCAGCGGCAAUGGGCUCGAGUUUCUUUAAGACGGCCAACUCCCUCUGGAAAAGUGGUCAAAAACAGGUCCAAAAGGCAGUUGCUGAUUUCCAGCAAGAAGGUGGUGAUCUUAGCCAGCCAAAAUGGAUGCGUUCCGCUCAGCAAGAAAGAUCACAUUCUGGAGGGCGCGGAUCUGAGACCGCGACUGACGAAGCUUUAAUGCUAGAAGCUGGUAUGCGGCCAGAGAGACAACCACCCAGGCCUACCCAAAACCGACAUGCUGAUCCUCGAGACCGGUCCCCAGCUUUACCUAGUCGAUUAGCCGCCAAUUCUCCCGGGGUUCCUAAAUGGCAACAAGCAGCACAGCCAAGUUCCCACGAUCCUCGUGCACGGUUGAAUAAACAAGCUAUUGAGGAGCAAAGCGCACAAGCAUAUGUGAGCCCCGCAAGGAGGAAGAAAGCAACGCCCCAACCAACACCCCAACCCGAGCCCGAGGCAGAUCUCCUGUUUGGACAACCCACUCAACAGCCUUCCCGAUCCCAACCUCAGCCUCAACGUUCAGCUCAAUCACCAGUUCCUACGACCAAAAGACCCACCCAAGCCUCAUCAAGAACUAUUACACCGCGGCCACCAGCACCCACCCGAAAAGUGCCUAGCGUCUCUUCAUCGGUUUUGGAAGCUUCUACGCGACAUCGUCUCGAAGGAACUGCACAUUUCAAACGAGGAGACUACGAUGCUGCACAUACAAGUUACACGAAUUCGCUAGCUGGCGUGCCACAAUCACACCCUAUCUGUAUCAUUCUCCUCACUAACCGCGCCCUCACUGCGCUCAAAACUGGCAGCCCUAAGCAGGCUGUCGGUGACGCAGAUGCUGCGAUUGGAAUCAUAGGACCAUCCCAUGGUGAAGGUGAAAAGGUUACAUUGCCUGAUGGCGAAUCUCGCGAUAUGAAGGAUCUAUACGGCAAAGCGCUUAGCCGGAAGGCCGAGGCGCUUGAGCAGAUGGAGAAAUGGGCAGACGCUGGAAAUGUCUGGCAGCAAUGCGUCGAAGCAGGUGUCGGGGGUGCCAAUGCUAUUGCUGGCCGGCAGCGGUGUCAAAAGGCACUUGCUCCUAAACCCAAACCUACGCCUAAACCCGCGCAAGCAGCCCGACCGCGGCCGAAACCAUCUGCUGUAUCAGACCUCAACCCACAAAAAAGUUCGGAAGCCGUACAACGCCUCCGGGAAGCUAAUAAAGCAGCUGAAGCGGCCGAUGAUGAGAAAUUCGCUCUCGGUGAAAAAGUUGACGCAAAGAUCGCUGCUUGGCGAGAUGGCAAACGGGAUAAUCUACGGGCACUUCUUGGAAGUCUUGACCAGGUGCUAUGGGAAGGUAGCGGGUGGAAAAAAAUUGGCUUGCACGAGUUGGUAGUUGCAAACAAAGUCAAGAUACACUACAUGAAGGCCAUUGCCAAGUGUCACCCUGACAAGCUACCACAAGAUGCCAAUACGGAGGUAAGACUAAUCGCCGGUACGGUAUUUGCCACUUUGAAUGAGAGUUGGGAUAAAUUCAAGGCAGAGAACGGAUUGUAGAAUUUUGUCGGUACUUUCGGAGAGGGAAGUGUACCAGAUUUAGAUGAGGCAACGAAAUAGAGAAAUGAGACUACGAAUUUACGGUGCGGCACAGCAAUCGCAAACGGCAAUCCCGAUUCAACUUAGUGCCACCACACAAGCCAAGCAGUUAUAGCAUAGGAUAUCCCAGACCCCCCCAGACCCCAGGUUUAGGAAGUAGAUGAAAAAAAGAACCAGUGGCGAAUCAAGAUGAUGGUAGUUGAUAAAUUAGUCUUCUUAGAAGAGUAUUCAAUCACAUCCCAUUCAUAUUAAUGCCCCGGAUUUUCCAAAUCCUCUAAUCCUUCCUCCGCGUGACUUUCCGCCUAGUCAGGCCACCGAAUGAACGGAAGUCUGGGACGCCUGUCCUUUUGUAAUUCAUUGUGCAUCGGCGCCGGGGAUUCGGGUCAUGGAUAUAAAUCCAAUUGGGGGAACAAAACAAUGAAUUUUCUUUUUUCUUUGUCUCGUCUUUAACUUGACGUAGUUUAAAGAUGACAUGGAAAAGUCAUGAUGCAUCAUUGAUAGAUCCGACAACAAGAAUUGUAGGAAUAAGAAUAAUUUGUCAACCUUCAAGAAGUUGCCCCAAUGAGCAGGUUAUCAACCCAUU